AUGUCCAAAAUCAGAGCACCUUUGGACAAAUUGCUUCAUAAAAAUGAAAAGUUUAAUUGGAACGCUGAUUGCCAAAAAGCCUUCCAGCAAUUCAAACGCAUUUUAAAUUCAGAUUUAAUGCUUACGCAUUAUAACCCCAAUUUACCAUUGAAAGUGGCAGCAGACGCCUCCAAUAGAGGAAUCGGUGCGUUUAUUUGUCACGUUUUUCCGGACGGAUCAGAGAAGGUUAUACAACACGCCUCAAAAGUUUUAACGGAUGCAGAGCAAAAGUACUCGCAAAUUGAAAAGGAAGCUUUAGCAUUAGUUUUUGCGCUAAAGAAGUUCCACAGAUUUAUUUUUGGACGUAAGUUCACAUUGUGCACGGAUCAUAAGCCGCUAAUCGCAAUAUUUGGUAAAAAUAAGGGCAUCCCAACGUACGCAGCAAAUAGGCUUCAGCGAUGGGCACUAAUAUUGAUGAUGUACGACUUCAAUAUCCAAUACAUUAAAACAACAGCAUUUGGAUGUGUAGACAUGCUUUCGCGCCUUAUAGCCAAUCACACAAAGCAAGACGAAGACAUGGUGAUAGCUUGUACGCAAAUGGAAGAAGAAAUGAACACGAUUAUUGAAGACCAAUGUGAAAAACUUCCGGUGAGUUUUGAAAUGAUAAGAAAAGCUACAAAGCAAUGUUCAACGGCCCAAGCUGUCAUAAACGCAUUAUCAAAUGGAUGGAAGCAAGAAAUAAUACCAGAAUUACAGCCAUUUUAUGCACGGAAAGAUGCACUCAGCGUGAUUCAAGAGUGCCUAAUGUUUCAUGAACGCAUAGGGAUUCCGAAGAAAUUACAACCACGAAUUCUACGUCAACUACACAGAGGACAUCCAGGUAGAGAACGCAUGAAAUUGUUAGCAAGGAGUUACGUGUAUUGGCCUGGUGUGGACGAAGAUAUAGUCUCGUAUUCACGAAAUUGUCAACUUUGUGCAUCAACAGCAAAAAUGCCUGUAAAACAUACACUACGAUCAUGGCCGUUAGCAACAAAACCAAUGGAACGGUUACACAUUGAUAUAGCAGGACCAUGCAAUGGGUUUUAUUACUUCGUAAUCGUAGAUGCAUUCUCAAAAUGGCCUGAAAUUUUUCAAAUAGAGAAUAUCACAACGCAAACAAUCAUUAGCAAGCUAAAUGAAACGCUUUCACGUUACGGAGAUUGUGACACACUGGUCUCCGAUAACGGCACACAGUUUACGAGCGGAGCGUUCGAACAAUUCGUAACAUCGCGGGGUAUUCAACACAUAAGGACAUCGCCUUAUCAUCCCCAGUCCAAUGGACAAGCGGAACGGUUCGUAGAUACACUGAAAAGAGCAUUAAAAAAAUUAAAAAUGGAAGGAACGGAUUCAGAAAACUUGCAAACAUUUUUGCAAACGUAUAGAUCCACACCAAAUCCGAAUGUGGUAGAACGUAAAUCUCCGGCAGAAGCCUUCCUUAACCGGAAAAUCAAAACAACGUUAGACUUAACUAAGCCACAAACAACGGAAAUCAAACAACGAAAUUUAAAGCAAGAAAAGCAGUUUAAUGUCAAACACGGAGCAAAAUCUAAAGAAUUUUCGAAUGGAAGCCUUGUAAACGUUAAAUGGCAUCAAGGCAAUGAUACGUUUUGGGUUCCUGGCGUUAUCAUAGAACGGAUUGGUUCUGUGAACUACAAUGUCAGAAUUGAAGUAAAGGGCAACUCAAAACUGAUUAGAUCACAUGCAAAUAAAAUGGUACAACGGUAUGGAAACCAUACUGGCAAUCGCGAUGUGACUAAAUAUUUAUGCGACGUUUUUGAUCUCACAGAACUACCACGGUUCAAUGAAGAAAAUCAACCCGUACUACAGCCAGAAACUGUUGAAGUGGCUCCCCUAGUGGAAACCACCUCAUCUGGUUCUAAUGCACAUGCAGAAACAAAUAGAGGAACAUCAACGAGUCGCAGGAUUCGUAGACCACCAGCAUAUUUGAAUGAGUAUGAUACUUCCUAA